AUCCCCCAGUUGCGCUCUGAGCGGCUGGCUGAGCGCACCCUGGUACACAAAGCGCUUCGCAGCGACGCACAUGAAACCGGACUGAUACUGAACCCAGUGGCGGACGGAGCUUAACUUUUUCUUUUUUUCCAUGUACUGUUUGUGUCUUUUCUGUCCCUUUGAUCUACGUCUGUCUUAGUCAGAGGAAAGUGGACAUUUUUACUUUUCUUUUCCUCCAAGAACAAAAGCCUUUAACAGCUUGAUUUGAAAUAAACCAAGGUUUAAAAUGAACAAAGGACUUGAGAACAACUUGACUCAACUGCAUGACAACUGGACGUUUCACAACUCCUCCGUGGAGUAUGUCAUACCCAGGAGCAACAUCACCUAUGUUGGAUUUUACCUGCAUCAGCCAUCCACAGCAGCCAUCUUCAUCGUGUCCUACCUGCUGAUCUUCCUUGUGUGCAUGGUGGGAAAUGGAGUGGUGUGUUUCAUUGUGCUGAGGAGCAAAAACAUGCGGACUGUCACCAACUUGUUCAUCUUAAACCUUGCUGUGAGUGACCUCCUGGUUGGGAUUUUCUGCAUGCCCACAACACUUCUUGACAACAUAAUUACAGGAUGGCCUUUUGGAAGCCUGGUCUGCAAAAUGAGCGGCAUGGUUCAAGGGAUCUCCGUGUCAGCAUCCGUCUUCACUCUGGUUGCUAUAGCUGUUGACAGAUUCAGAUGCAUUGUCUACCCAUUCAAGCAAAAGCUGACCAUAUCCACAGCUUCCUUGAUAAUAGUCAUUAUCUGGGUUCUGGCCAUAUCCAUUAUGUGUCCUUCUGGGGUGAUGCUACAAGUGACCAAAGAGCAAACCAUUCGGGUACUACUGGGCUAUGACAACAAAACUAGCCCGUUUUAUUGGUGCAGAGAGAAUUGGCCAAACCAGGAGAUGAGGAAGAUUUACACCACUGUCCUGUUUGCAAAUAUCUAUCUUGCUCCUCUUUCCCUCAUCGUUAUCAUGUACGGCCGGAUUGGCAUCACGCUUUUCAAAACACCGGUUCCAAUGGGAGGAAAGCCAGGCAACGACAACCGCCACACUGUGUCAAAGAAAAAGCAAAGGGUGAUUAAAAUGCUUCUAAUAGUUGCUUUGCUUUUCAUCCUUUCCUGGCUACCUCUGUGGACCCUUAUGAUGUUGAGCGACUAUGCCAGCCUGACUGAGCAGCAGUACAGAAUCAUCAACAUUUACAUUUACCCCUUUGCCCACUGGCUAGCCUUCUUCAACAGCAGCGUCAACCCCAUUAUCUAUGGUUUCUUCAAUGAGAAUUUCCGUAGAGGAUUUCAAGCUGUGUUCAAGUUCAGCCUGUGCACCGCGGAUGGACAGCGGAGAAAAACCUAUUCACACAGGCUGCAGGGAAACUCUGUGCUCCCAGCUAAUAAUGCACAAACGUGCCUGGAGCCCAUUUCUCUUAACAGCCUAGAUAAGAACCCUUCCAGGCGACUUAACCACGUUGCUGAACAGGACCUGGUCAUGGAGGACACAGAGAAGGCAUCUUGCAGCAGUGGGGGUGUGACUGCAGUGUCUAUUUGAGGAGACACUUUUUUUUAAAGAUUAUUAUUUUGGGCAUUUUAGGCCUUUAUUUAUUUAAGACAGCCGAAUACAUGAAAGGGGAGAGAGAGAGAGGGGUAAUGGCACGAAGUAAAGGGCCGCAGGGCAGAGUUGAACAUGCGACCGCUGCGUCGAGGAGUAAACCUCUAUAUAUGAGCGCCCGCUCUGCCAGGUGACCUACCCAGGCACCCAUGGAUACAUUUUUAUGGUGAGAAGUACAAAUUGCAUCAAGUCUAACAUGAGUAGGUUUUUGAAGUGUAUGUUGAUGUGUAAUUUAUCUGAAGCAAUUUCAAUACUCUAAAAAAAAAAAGUUGGCAAAAGUUAUAAAUUACCAAUUUAAAAAGAGAAUACUCAUUUUGUUCAUUCAUUUCCUUAUCACCUUAAAGCUGUAGUGCGUGACUUUUUGAUAUUAAUGAACAUCCAUUACAUUCAAGCCAUCAACAAAUGAGUUGCUGCAAAGCUAAUUAGGACCAUCAGCUCCACACAACUCUCUCUGUAUACCUCAGUCUGGUUAUGUACAGAAGAUUGUGUCGUUUGGUGACUUUCCCACGCAGAAAGUCAAGUGAAGACAAUGACCUCUUCUGAAGAGUCCAUCGUGUUUUUUCAUGGAAGGCUGUAUCAUGUGGACGCACCAACAGUUUUCUUGUCAUUACAUAGAAUUCAUCAUGGGGGCGACAGAAACUAUGCACUAUAGCUUUAAGCCACACAAUGUAUGUGACACAUAUUGUGUCAUUUUAAAAAUGGAAGAACGUUGUUAUCAACAAAAGGGAAAACAAUCUCAUUGAAGGUGCAUUACUAAUCAAUUAAGAUAUUGCAUUGAUACCAGGCUACUGUCAUGCUCCAUGACACUCCUUAUAAAACUAUGUAUACAUGUAUAAAGAUUCAUCAAACAUAAAUGUACUGUGAUGUUUGCAGAGCAGAUUUCAAAAGUAAAGUCACCAAGACAAAAAUAAUUUUCAACUUGAAUAUUGAAUCAGAUAAGCAGCUACCUCUGAAGCCAUAACCAGCCUUUUAAACUUAAUAAUUAGAGUGAACCCUUGGCAAAAAAAACACAGUUGCCUGCGUCGAAAAGUUGAGACAGACUAAACUUUUGAAAAAUAUAUAAAUAAAUAAUUAAUCACGCUGCGGUGUCCAAUCAUGUAACUAGAGAUCAGAUUUAUCAGUUGAUUUUAGGCGGUGUGAGAGACCCCUACAGUAAAUGGUAUACAUCACUGCCUCCAUUGCUGCCACAAGAAAGCAUUGAGGGUGAAAAAAAAACACAAGCACUGAACUGGAGUUUGUGUAAGGUAAAGAUACUUUAUGUCACAUACACAUACAUGUCGUGAAAUUCAUUCUCUUCGUUUACCCAUCCCUCAAUUGAGCAUUGAGCAGCCAUUUACAGUGGAGAACCUAAUACAUGUUUUUUGAUGGUAGUGAAAACCGGAGCACCCAGAGGAAACCCACGUAAAGAUGAGGAGAACAUAGAAACUCCACACAGAACGGCCCGGCUGUGAGGCCGCAGGGUUAACCAUUGGGCCACCAUGCUGCCUGUUUCCUUGCAACAAGAAAGCACAUCCUCUCUUUUCUCUUUCUUUCUCAGAGAAAUAAAGCUGCCUUCAAGUGCGGUCAGAAACAUCAAGAUCUAUAAACAACCUGAUGGAAAACUGUAAUUGUGAAAUGUAAAGUCUACUUAUGUAUGUGACAGUCCCACAUUGCUCCACCACCCUGUGGAGAAUCGCCAGAUCCCCUUUAGCUGACGUGACGCAGCCUUAGUCUUUAAUGGGUCGGAGGCUUGCAAGGUAAAUGAUUAUACACUUAUUUAGGUCACUUAUAUUGCAAUUUCAUAUAAUUACUAUUGAAUAGUUGAAAUUAACUUGACUUUUUUAUCAAUUCUUUACAAAGUAAACUUGUGAGGAAAAUAUGUAGAAAUGUACCAGUCUAUGAAGACAGUUUGGCCGGAGGAGCCCAAGUUACUUAAUGGGUUUUAUCUUGUCAGUCUUUCUAAAAAGUUCAAAUGUGUCCCUCUGGUUCCUUGUCGUAUUAUGAGACAAAGUGGCAUCUGGCUUGUGAAUGCUUUUGCCAUUUUAACAAAUAUUAUUGGGUAGCAUUCACAAACCACCGCAUAUGAGACAUGGGAAGCAUGAGACUGAUUAUACUGAUGGUAUAAUUACUAAAAUGUUGGAGACCAUAGGCGGCCUCUCAUGCCAGGAGCCCUGUUAAAGGCUGGUGUUUCUCAAAAUGCAAUUUGUCUAAAGUUUUUUCUUUUAAUUAACUGAACGUCAAAUUCAGUUCAUGAUUACUACGGCCGAACAAACAGAAAAAAGCAAUGACUACAGACAAGUGAAAGUGAGAUCCAAAAACAUAACUGCAUUAUCAUUCUAAAUCAGGCUUUUAAAACGUUUUGUGCAAAGGAGAAAAGAAACCUAUGAUUUUGAAUGUGAGCCAUCCACUUACAAAUAUCCUAACUGUUUUCCAGGCAUUUAUUCUAAAAUCUGCUCUGUAAACAUGUACAUAAAAAUGGUGUAAUUAUGCUUAAUUUAAAAUUAAUUAAAUAAUGAAUAUCUCAUGAGGCUGUUAUGAAUGUGCCAUGUAAAUCUCAGAUAGUGUUCUGCUGUUAUUUUAUUUUUUAUCUCUCUAUGAUCAGUCUUGUGCAGUUAACUCUUAAGUAAAUGGGAAAAACAACAGAGGGUCUGCAUUGGCCCCAAAACAUGUAUUGUCUGCUCUAAGUAUAUGUUACUGAGUCUAAAGCUUAGAUAAAACGUGAUACUGUGAAUCUGUCUGUGUGAACUGUCUAUUUGGUUCAGAAGGGAUUUUAAUUACUUUAAAUCUCUACUGUUGGUGGUGUCUAUUACUGUACAUCUUUACCAGGAGCCAAUUUUGAAAAUGUGUAUAGCAAAACUGUCAAAGAAAAAAAAUCAUUUGUGAAUGAAGGUUACAAGCUAGAAGUGACAUAGUAGACUCUAGUGGCCAUACUGGAGGGCCUUAGCUCUUCAAUCUGUUCAAUGGAUUUGUACUAUUGUUCCUGUCCUGUUUAUUUGAACCUUUACACCCAGGUUCUGCUAAAUCUUUUUUGGGGAAAACUCUCUGCAACAUGUUGUUGCUCUUACAUGCUGGAAACAUGAACACCUACCACUACCAUGAGCAGAGUAAAGAUGCACUUAACAUACACCUAAACUUAAUCAGUGUUAUUUCAAGAAAGCAAAACGUAAAUUGUUCCAAGUGAGGCUGUGUUUAGACAUACAGCCACAAAGAGCCAAUGUCGUUUUUAGUUUAGUAGUAAAGUAAGGAGAGAAUAGCGCCAAGAACAUCUGGAGUGUAGAGAGUAAGUACUGAGCAAAAUCUCAGACAAAAAGAAAUGAUUGUGGUGGAGACUGGGCAGUUUGAAAUACGUUUUGUAUGCGUCUUCUAAUUAAUGAUCAGUUUUUCCUUAUCGGCAAAUUAUGACACUCCAGCUGAGUCAUGAAUCAGUGUCAAAUCAGAUAGAAAAUCUCCAAUGCAUGUUGACAGUAGCAGUGUGAUAAUGAUGCACAUUUUUAUUUAUUGGGUUAGGGUAUUGGGUUUUAACUAUUCUAAAAGUCUAGAAAUUAGAUAUCAUGUCAUUAAUCUGUAAUUUUUGUAAAAUACAGAUUUUAUGUGAAGCUCAGCAGCUUGGUAAUGACUGCUGGAGGGGGCAGCUCUGGCACAGUAGCCACACCAGCCCCCAUUACCAUGCUCAUGCACCCCCACCCAUGGACACCUGCAUUCACUUAUUACAUUUGUGUACGGAUGGUGAAAUUAUACAAGCAUUACCUCCUGUUACAUAUUUUUUAAACAUUUAAUGUCAGUAACUGGCAAACACUGCUUACUACUUUCUAAAGACAAGUUUAUAACAAAUUGACAAAUACUGCCUAUUUAUGCCAUUUGUAUGCUGUUACUGUCAUCCUCUACAGUGUGUUGUAUCUUUGUUGUCACUGUCAGUCUGUUUGUUUAUCCGUGUUUCUCUCUGUUGACACUGUACAUAUUGUCUGUCUGGUCCUCUAUCUUUUCAUCAGUUUUUAACUAACUGACUUUGCAAUUAACAUUUUUAAUUGGUAAUGACACUGUCUCAAUUUAAUACUGAUGCUGUCGAACGGCCUUACGGACAGACAGCAGAAAGAGCUCCGGCGAAGCUCUACGCCUGACAGCAGCCGCUCCUCCAAAGUAGCCUCAGAUUGGGUUGGUCGGCCCAUUUCGGAACCAGGCCGACCGUUUCCGACUGGUAAAAUGCUUAAUGCUUAUUAUUAUUAAUAUAAUUAUUAUUAUAACCAUAGUAAAAUUGUGCAAGUGAUAAAAACCCUAUGCGCUGUCGGCUUGUAAAGACAAUUUAUUUGUAUAGUCAAAAAAUAAUCUUCAAACACAUUUAAAAAAAAUGGUCCGGUCCUUCUGGCAUUUGCCAAACUUGCCAGAUGGCCAAUCUGCCCCUGCCUAUUGGUCAACAUAGUAUUUAUCAGCCCUCAUCAAAUUUCAUACUCAUUCCAUUAUCUGACAACUGACACUAAUAAAGAUUUAAAUGAUAUAACUGUAUUGUGAAUCUGGCAGGAGGGGACUGAACUUUUGUCAAUCUGUCUCUCUAACUACAAACAUGAAAAACAAAAUUGUAAUGUGUACUAUGUGUGAAGACAAAGUCAGAAUCUAAUGAAAUAAAAGUUUAAUUUCUAGUGAUUUGCCAGUAAAUACAGGCAGAUACAACACAGAAUACAAAUACAGAUGGGAUCACUGCCACUGCUGCCGCUGUAGAAAAAAAAAGAUGGCUCAGCCAGCACUAAAAGAAUUUGACAACAUUGAUCUCAAAACAUCGUCCACAAAAGUCAUCAAAAAUUGUCCACUAAAAUCAUCAAAUCUACAAGCAGUAUGUCAAAAGCAACUGGACUUCUUGCCACUUAUCCUAAAUAGUUGCAGGCCUCAAGCAUUUAACCUAUGUGACAGUUGGGUGUCACACAAGACUUGCUGAGGUCAAAUACUAUCAUAUGAGACUCGUUACAAGUCACAAGAGUUAGGAUCUGAAUUGUUAGACAUUACUCUCAAUGCUUAUUAAAAAUAGUAAACUUACAAACACAUCAUAAACAUAAUCAAAUGAUAAGCCCUUUCUUCAGUGGACCUCCAAGAUGGUGGCAGAAAUGGUUGCUAAGCGUUUUCUAACACCCAUUAAGUCUCUAACUGUACUCACACCCUUGUUCUUUGGGAUCAUAACUCAUUUUGUCGUGAGAUGUGUCAUGUCAGUUUGUUUUGCUUAUAGCCUCACAGCUUAAUUUAAAAAAUGUUGGAUAUCAAAGCCAAAACAAUAGCUGAGUUUUGGUACUGAUUCAUGUUUAUUCUUUUUUGCCACAUAUGCCAAAACUGCUUAUGAACUUUGCCUACAUAGAAAUGUAUUCUGAGGUUUUCUGAUUUAGAACAG